GGAAGUAAAGCAAAAAAAGAAAUUUUGGUUCCUCCCCCCGUGCUCUUCUCUUCUGCAUCUCAUCUGAUUACGCAUAUAUGUAGUAGUAGUGGUGGUGGUAGUGGCAUUUCCGCCUGUUCUGAAAACAUUAGUACCAAUAUUGGCAUUGUACUAGUUAACUAGGUAGAUAGUAUUCGGUCGUUGUAUUGAACUCUAUAAAUAAUGAAUGAAUCGUCUACUAGCCGAACCGGAACAAUGCCGUCCUCGCGUAGAAGAAGAAGAAGAAGAAGAAGAAGAAGAAGAAGGGAUAAUGCGAUAAUGUUACAUACAGUCCAUCAGAUAAUUAUUAUACAAAGUCAAUCACCACCCGCGCGUAAGUAUAUCUUCCAAGCAAGCAUCCACGCUUCCUUGAACUGGGCAUGGCAUGGUGGUCUGUCUGGCACAGAGUUGGCAAGAUGCGAGGGUGACGUGCAUAGACUGACUGUCUUAUUCCCAUGCUCAUGGUUGACUAGGUAAGUUAGGCAGUCAGUCAAGCGACACGAGCAUAGAACAGAACAGAACAGAACAAAA